AGACCCGCUUUACGGGGAAAAGAGUUCAUUGAAGGUCUGCAGCAUGGUUGACCAAAUGUGGACCACCGGACAGUAGCGGUCCGGACAGUACAGGUUUAGCGAUCAACAAGAUUCGCCAGACCCAGAUAGCACGGGCACUUGGAACACCUUGGAACAUCUUGUGCCCUUUGGCAGCGCCAUGGGACAAUCCAUUGCAGCCUCCAGGUCUGCACCAGACGUGGAGCCGAGCAAGAAGGACCCGUGGCUCCCUCCAGGCUCCUAUGCCAUUGACCCGGCGAAGCCACAUCGGAAGCCAUCCAACUCCUGUACUCGAAUCCGUGAGGAUAUGCUGCAAUGCUACCAAGGCACGCGUUGCUACAAGGAAGGUGCAAGCUUUGAGGAGUGUUUGAACUCAAACGACCCGGAGUAUGUCACACAAGAUUGCAUUUGGUUGCGGAAGGGCUAUGCCCAGUGCCGCCGGGACCUCAUGAACAGGCACCGGAUUUGGCAGCGUGGCAAUCGUUCUGCGUAGGGCGACCACGAAAAGAGCGCGCGGCGCAACGCAGCGAGGAAAAUCGACGGAAAGAGCCCGGCAUAGCUCAGCUCUUCGUUGUGUGACUUCGAUGGAGGUCUUUCAUGGAGUCUAUUGCAGCGCACGUCUUUUGCUAGCGUUGUGCAACUUGUCUUUUUACCCAAGCUUUGUUCAAUCAGUGCCGGUGUUACAAAAGAAC